GCGAGUCGCCAGUACCAGCUCCGACGUCGAGGGAGCCGGACGUGCGACAGCGGAGGUCCUCGUGCGCCUGAGACCCCUCGAUCCUCUCCGUCUCCAGCGCGGUCCAGAUCUCUGCUCUUGGUGACUCAAAAAAUUAUUCUUGCUUUCUGGAAGGAGAGUUUGGUGAUCCCGGUGACCCUGCGUGUGGGAUAUUGCCCGGGUUCUUGGAUGAUAUUCUGUAUGUUUUGAAGAUUUCGUGUAUUUUCGUUCCCGGGGAGGAAAUAGUGAUCCAAGAUCCGAUCGAAGGAAAACGAUUGUUUGGAGUUUUUUGUUUCCAAUAUAUUUUUUUGGAAUUUCGACGCCGAGAGAAUUCGUCUCUGCAGCGACGGCCGGAUCCAUUUACAUUUUCUGGGAUAAUUGCGUUGGUGCAAUCAUGAUUAAAGGCAUCCUGGUGAUCGCGUCGGCCGUGCUGGCGCUGGGCGGGGCCCUCGACAUGGCCAAGAUCCAGGGCAAGAGCCGCAUCUUCACGUCGUCCACCUUAGGAUGGGAGGACAUGAAGGCGGGUGACGUCCCUCCCGCGCACGCCGUCCCCGUGGUCAAGGAUGGACCGCUCUGGUGCCGCGCCAAGACCCACGCCACCUGGAUCGCCGGUUCGGUCAUCGACGGCAAGUGCAGGAUGACUUUCGUGAGACGCAUACUCGAAGUCAAGGAGUACGAUGUCCUAGUUUCUGUCAACGACUCCGCCAGGGUGUUGGAGGUUGAGUGGGACCGGCUCACGGCCAUGCCGCCCAACGGCAUCGCCACCCCGAACAUGAUCAUGGCCAUUUCCGACGAUAACGACACCGUCCUGGCUGGCUACGUCUCCCCAGGCGAGCGGCGCGCCCAUUUCGUCAAGGACGGCAAAGCUACCAGUCAGGACAAUGCACUCAUCCUGACGGAGGACGAACCCGUCCGCUACGAGGUGGACCGCAUUUUGCGCGACGAAGACAGAAGCCAGGUCACCGACAAUGACGUCGAGGUCGGCAACGCAACUCUGGUUAACAAUGAAGAAGAGGAGAAGCUGGUGUCGAUUAUGGUGGACUACGUAUCCCGGGAGAACAUCUACUGGGGUCGCGUUCGGGGGACCAUCACCGCCCUGACUUCCACCGUCACUGACCCCUCGGGAGUGAAGAGAGAGAUUACCUGGGGCAUGGACAACGAAUUGGACCAUAUGGAGCAGCAGAAGGUGGAAUAUAAACUGCCAGCUGGAGCAGCCGUUCAGGUCAGGUUGAUCGCCGUCAUGAGGAAGUAUGAAGCUCCCUACUCCGCCUUGUUGACGGCCAUCUACAGCGACAGCGUCCGCCGGUCCUGGAACAUCGAGGGCCUCCAUAUUCACACCUACCUGGCUGAGCUCCGGGCAGAGUUUUCAAAGCCAUACUACCUUACCAAUGACACGGAGAUCGAGGGAGAUUUCCCCACCUCCCAGAUCCUGCUCCACUCAACCACCACGACCACCACCACGACCACCACCACCCAAACGCCCUCAGACUCCAAAGACAACGAGGACAACCCAGUAUCGGAGUCGCUGGCCACAACCGACGGAGACAACCAGACUACUGGGGAUGCCAGCAGUGUGUCUAGGCUCAUGCCCCCAGUGCUGGCCAUGUGUGCGUCACUACUGAUGGCUGCUAACGCCCACUUCCUGUCUUAAAUGACGGAGCUUGCCCGCGGCAGCCGGGAACGCAAAUGGGCACGUGUCACGUCCUCGUAAAGCAUCUCAAGACUCAUGGUUUAGAACAGUAUGGAAUUAUUCACGGAUUCAGCUGUGUUUGUUUUCGACCUUGCAAAAAAAGGACCCGAUUCGGUUGUAAAGGUCAUCAUUAAGUGGACCGAAAGCCACGCUUGAUUUCACAAGAUGAAUGUAUUUUAAAAGCUUUUUUUUCAUCUCAUAGUGUCUCACAUAGCCUUGAGGAAGUUAUGUAUAUGUACUGUUGUAUAAAAAAAAAGUUUAAGAGCUAACAAGAUUAGUAUUCUGCAUUAUUAUUCUUCCAGUGCGAAGUUGCACCUUCAGCAUCUCUUUCCACUCCUCAUUCUGACGUGAAUCUCCACAGUCUUCACUGUUGUUUCGUGAACGUUUUUAGUGUGAACAACAUAUUGAUGUAUUGUGUCUAUGUGAAGCCUAUUAAUCUUAGCUUGUUCAACGAGCAAAACAGCCUUAUAGACAUUAGUAUGAUCUACUAUCUGUCUCGUAGCAUCUAGGCUGUACAAGUUCACGUCUGAUGAGUGUUUUAUCUCCAUGUUGGCUGGUCCAGAAUCCAAGAUGUACCGAAUUUGAGACAUGGGUGCAGAUCUCUUCUUUCACAGUACAGGAAGGGUUGUAUAUUGGGUAUGGUGUACAGUCACUUCUGUCCGUAGGCACACAUUAUAUAGUUUUUUCUUUUCAUUGGAUCGUCAUGUUGAGGUGAUUUUAUUUUCUGCAAAAUAUCAACUUGAUUCCUCAGAUAAUUAGGAAUUAAGUAUUCAUAUAAUCUAAGAACUACAGUAAACACCACCUAUAUACAAGCAUUUGUUUCUAGCGUUUCCAGUGAAAGGUUUAUUCUCCAGAGAAAAAAAAGAAUGAUAAAGAAUAUUUUGGAACUUUGUUUCUUCCACGAGAGAAAGACGGUUCAUCUAACAUCCGUACUUAUAGUGUUGUGAAUAACUGCGAAUUAAAUAUAAGGAGUCGGAAUGGUAUUGUAAGAGUUAGACGGUACUCUAAUGGAAAUUCCAGUUUGGCAUAGUAUUUCCAAGUAUUGUAGUCUGAGAUAAGAUGUAUCAUAGGGAUAACAUGUGGUCUUCACUAUUUUAUAUCUAGUAGCAUUGUAUAGGUGUGGUUAUAGUGUCUCGUGCUGUAGGUUAGCAGGGUGGUGAAGAUGCUGUGCUGAUUAGCAUCAAACUUGCGGAUCUGUCUGACAAGGGGAUGAAGUCAUUGCUGAAGGAAAGGAUGGUCUGGUGGUAACAGGCUAACGUAGUUCUUUUUGUCCGUAGAUGAUAUUAGUUUUAUUUUUUUAUACAAAAGUUUAAGAAAGUAUUGAUAAAAAAUAUACUGUCAUUCCAUGUGCUUGAAUAACAAUCACUGAUGCCCUAUUAGAAAGUACCCGUGUUUAAGCAUUUUAUUUUAUUUUUUAUGUUCCGUAGUUGAACAAUAAUUCAGAAGCUGUAUGAUACCUUCCAGCUGUACUUCUGGAUCUUUGUAAAUUGAAAGUCCUUCUGUGAGGUAUUAAAAAAGACAAUUUUAUUUGUAAAUUUGUAUUAUACAUUUGGAUUAGACUUUCUUUGGUCAGUUCGUUGGAUUAUGUUCUUUGUUUGAGUAUGAUGGUGUGAAAAGACACACUGUUUGUGAAAGAAUGUAUACAUACUAUUUUCUGUGUAUUGCUUUAAAGAAGAGCCUUUGUAACUUGAUCAGGAAAACGUUAAUUCGUUAUAUAGUAGGUUGAUAUAGUUCUCAUUAGAUAAGACUCUCUCUCUCUCUCUCUCUCUCUCUCUCUCUCUCUCUCUCUCUCUCUCUCUCUCUCUCUCUCUCUCUCUCUCUCUCUCUCUCUCUCUCUCUCUCUCUCACUGACUCUUUCUUUUUCUUUCUUUUUCCUUUUUCAUCUUGUUCAUCCUUUCCUUUUUAUUUAUAUUCUUAGCCCCAGUAAUCGUGGUUUCAGGCAUAUAUAUCAUUUAACAUAUUCAAAAAAGAUAUUUGUAAAGGUUAAAUGCAAAGUAAUUAUGGAGUAAUUAUGGUUGACACACACACACACACACACACACACACACACACACACACACACACACACACACACACACACACACACACACACACACACACACACACACACACACACACACA